CUCGGCUUGCCUUAGUCGUCGUGUUCUCCGUGUAGUGUUAUUUUGCGUGCAUUUAUUGGUUCUUCGCUUAUACCAGAAUAUUUGCGUUCGGCAGAUAGUGCUGCAGGUUUAGUAUCUAUCACCAUUGAUACAUUGAAAAAAAAAUUAGUGGACUUCAAUACGUCAGUAACAACACUUUCUCUGGUGCAGCAGUACCCACUAGAUCCCGUUAGAUAAUCGUGUUUUCUCAGACAUUUCUGAUCUCAUGGUGAAAUUUGAAAACUCUUGAUAUAGCACGAAUGAAAGUAGGUAUCGGAUUGAUUCCGUGAAUAUGAUUUAUUUGAACGCAGUGGCACACGAAAAGUGAUUAUAUAAAAACAAAAAAGUGCUCGAGGAGGUGGCGGAGAAACGUAGAAUUUCUGUUGACAGUGGUGUUCCCAAUUUUUAGUCACUGCAUUAGCGUUUCACUUUUUUCGUGGUAAAAGUAGGUGCGGAAAACGCUACCAUUCCGAGGAAAACCAUUGUGCAACAACGUUGCACUAAGUGUUGGCGGAACGAGCCGAGGAAGGAACAGAAAAUAUUUUCGUUGAAAAUCACGUCAUUCAUUGUAGAACCGUACCGUGUGACGAAGACGGAUAGACGUCGUGGAAGUUUAGUGCAGAAUUGGUCAAUCCGAUAAAAAUAGAACACGCGUCGAUCAAUUAUCGGCGAUUGCGAAAGGACUAUUAAUGAAAUCUUAAAUGAAUUGGUUGCAGUAAAACGCGAAAGGAACGCUGUGUUCUAUUUAUCUAGCGAUUGCGAAACUGAUAUCGUCAUUGCGUUGAGCAUCAGUCAGUCAGUGUAAUUGCGCGACUGGCAGCCGUACUGGGCAAAAGUAGGCUGACGACGACCAGCGAAACAUAAACUCUGCAGAGUCAUCUGGAUCAUCAUCAGCCGACGGUGACGGUGGCGAAGGCAUCAGUCGAUCAAACACAGAGGAAAAAUCGUUGGAGCACAAACAACAGAAAGGCGAAUUACGCAAAGGUGGGACAAGGUGAAGCGCAGAGAAAAACAGAAAAUCGUUGUUGUUUUUUCCUUCGUUAUUUACCUUUGAGUACUUUGGGGCUAGCUCUAAACUGUGUGUGGCAAUCCAAGAAUUUUAAACACCUCUCGCGGAUAGGAAAAAAAGCGACCAAAAAGCGCAGCGAAAAUGACAGCCACGGACAACACGAUCCGCUUCAGUGAUCACACGUUGGACAAAGCGACCAAGGCGAAAGUGACGCUGGAAAACUACUACAGCAAUCUGAUAACCCAGCAUGGCGAGCGCAAACAGCGUCAGGCCAAGCUGGAAGCCUCCCUGAAAGACGAGGCCCUAUCGGAAUCCCAGCGGCAGGAGAAACGGAUGCAGCACGCUCAAAAGGAAACGGAAUUCCUGCGACUAAAACGAUCCCGACUAGGGGUGGAAGACUUUGAGGCACUGAAGGUCAUCGGUCGGGGGGCCUUUGGUGAGGUGCGAUUGGUACAGAAAAAGGACACGGGGCAUGUAUAUGCCAUGAAAGUGCUUCGGAAAGCGGACAUGUUGGAGAAGGAGCAGGUGGCACACGUUAGAGCCGAACGCGAUGUACUGGUCGAAGCCGACCAUCAAUGGGUUGUAAAGAUGUACUAUAGUUUUCAGGAUUCGGUCAAUUUGUACUUGAUUAUGGAGUUCCUACCGGGUGGCGACAUGAUGACUCUGCUUAUGAAGAAAGAUACGCUUUCGGAAGAGUGUACUCAGUUCUAUAUCGCUGAAACGGCCCUUGCUAUCGACUCUAUCCAUCGGCUGGGUUUCAUACAUCGAGAUAUAAAGCCAGACAAUUUACUUCUGGAUGCUCGCGGUCACUUGAAAUUGUCCGACUUCGGCCUCUGUACUGGAUUGAAAAAGUCUCAUAGAACGGAUUUCUACCGCGAUCUGUCGCAAGCGAAACCGUCGGACUUCAUCGGGACCUGUGCCAGUCCGAUGGAUUCGAAAAGAAGGGCAGAAAGUUGGAAAAGGAAUCGCCGAGCAUUGGCCUAUAGCACCGUUGGUACACCGGACUAUAUCGCACCGGAAGUAUUUUUACAAACCGGCUACGGACCUGCUUGCGAUUGGUGGUCCCUCGGGGUUAUUAUGUAUGAAAUGCUAAUGGGCUAUCCACCAUUUUGUUCGGAUAAUCCACAAGACACAUAUCGGAAAGUGAUGAACUGGCGUGAGACACUAAUCUUUCCACCGGAGACACCAAUCUCGGAGGAAGCGCGGGACACGAUCGUCAAAUUUUGCUGUGAAGCCGAGCGUCGAUUGGGUUCACAACGUGGUAUUGAAGAUUUGAAAUUGGUUUCGUUCUUCCGCGGAGUCGACUGGGAGCACAUUCGAGAAAGACCGGCUGCUAUUCCGGUAGAAGUUCGUUCAAUCGACGAUACUUCUAACUUCGAUGACUUCCCCGACGUUGCUCUGGAAAUACCCGCUCAUCCAACACCGGAAGGAGAGGUACUCAAAGAUUGGGUCUUUAUCAAUUACACCUUCAGACGGUUCGAAAGUCUCACGCAGCGUGGUACUCCGACGAAGAAAUAAGCUCGUUAAACUUUCGUUCCGAAUUUCCCCGACAUCUCUUGCUAUACUAAUCUUUACCACACAGCUUUUACUAAGAAAACCGAGUGCAGUUGGCGAACCUAACAUAUAGAAAGAGAAAUAGUGCAGAUAUAUUUAACUACGUAAUUAUAACUUAACAACCCGCUCGGACUCUGGGGCAGGGCAUUAACAAAGUGACUCAACACGUAAUUAAGCAUCCUCUAUUGUGAAGUACACAGGUAAAGAUUAUGAAAAAAUUAAGAAAAAAAAACAUUCUCACACGCUCGUAUAUAUCAAAGAAUAUUGAUACUACAGGCUCUAGGGAGUUAUAGUGCAAGAUAGUCCUUUCCAUGUUUAGAUUUGGUUCAUAUUGUGUAUGUAGUUUAUUUCCAGCCUUCACAGCCAAGUAGACUUAUGAAUUAUUUUACGUUAACAGCGAUUAUAUGAAUGGAAACGCUUGCUUAGCAAAUACGAUGAGUACGAUAAUGAUUACGCGGCGUAAAGAAACCCGUAAUCGCAACGUGGUGACACGAGCAUCCAAAUAAUAGGAAUGGUAACACUAACCUUUACAUCCACGCCACCCUACCCCCCUCCCCCGCCCCUCCCUCCUGAAAACAAUAUGAACAAAAGCAUUGUACCGUAUUCCGUUCUAGCUCUGACGCUUAGGCUAGUAGAAAGAGGUGUUCAUUGUGCGAAAACAGAACAAUUAUUUAGUGAAAAAAGCGAACUAUGUGCAACUUCAGUAGAGACGUCCUGGUACGGCAGAGGAAAUCUGUUCCUGUACUACCUAUAGCGUAUUUAAAAAAGAAAGAAUCUAAAAAAGCACUAGUGAGCAUUUCAGACAGGAGAUGAAUGAGUUGGAUUAACAGCUAAAUAGUAUUAAUAGGUAGUUAUUAUUUUAAAACCGUUUAUCCUAGUUUUAAGUUUAAAUGUUUUAGUUAUAGUAGAGCAAACCAUUUACAAACCCACUAGUUUUGAUAGGCAAAGGAAGUCCGGAUGAUUUGUUUAGUUUUGUACAUAUUCGCAUAUUCAAAAAAAGAUUAUAAAACUAUUUACGCGCCUUGCAGUUUUUUUCUAAAAUUUAUUCUUUGGCUACUAUCUACUAUUGUUUAUUUUGCUUCAAGCAUUGUUCGGCCAGCUUAUGAAAAAUACUUGUUUUGGUUUUUAUAGAUGUUUAGUACCUACUUUUAUUGCUGUGGUAAUAAAAAAAAUAUUUAAAGGCAUGACUUUUUUGCAGUCGAGUGUCCAGAAUGAGCAGGUGUAUCUUCCAUGAUCUGUUUUAUCACUAUAACAAAGAACAAAAAUAAAACGUCAAACAGCAACUGAGUGUAAGCUAAGUACCGCGUGUUUUAGUGUAAUCAAUUGAUUGAAAAUAGCUGUAGUUAAUUUUUACCUUUCCUUCCUAUCCUUACAGUGUAUUGUACAUGCAUUGCGCUAGUUUAUUACCUCGGCACCUUUGCUUUUGAUUACAUUCACACAAAGAAUCUACACACACAGCUCCAUACUGUACUGAGGAAUAAAAGUGAUACA